ACUGACGAGUUCUUGGAAUUUUCGUCUCGGUUAAAUUUUCAGUGAAUUUGAAGUGUACAAUUUCUUUGCUAAAAAAAAACCAAUAGGAAACUGCAAAUAAAAAGGCCUAGAACAACAUUAAAUAAAAUGAGCGACCAAAAAGACGAAAAACCCAAAACCAACCCAGAGGUUGAGGAACCGACCCCGGUCGCCGCCAGUAGUAAUGGCAACAAGCGGCGCAGGGAAAGCACGCCGUCAUCGCCACCGCCGGCCAAGAAGGUCAAGACAAGCACUGAUGAGGAGGAGGAACAACCCACUUCCACUUCUCGUUUGAGAAAGGCAUCUGAUAAUAAGCAGCAGCAGAAGGAGUCAGAUGCGAAUAAAGAGGUGGAAAAUGGGAAUCACCACAACCAGGGACCAAAGGAUGAAGGGGAUGCCAUAGUUGAACCUAGAGACGACGCCGAUGAAGUCGUUAUUAUCAGCUCUGAUUCUUCCGAUGAGGAUGACUUGGACAGAUAUCUAGACAACAACUGGCUUGAUCUACUGGAGAAUCUAGUCGGGGAUUUACCUACAAACAGAGAGAGACAGAGUUUGGAGGCCGCAAGUCUACACGUGAACGUGGCCUCAUCCGAGUCCAGUGCUGACGAAGCCGUGAAUCAGGAUGAUGGACAGGCAGAGCAGCUAGACAACGACGAGUUCCCCCAUGAAGAGGCAGAGAAUCUGGUCAUCAAUGAGUAUGAUUUGCAGUUAAGGGAAGAGCAGCAGUACGAGGCCCGCCAUGAAGAACCAUUAAACCUAGUCAUUGGCGAGUCUGUGGACAGAGAGAGACAGAGUUUAGAUACCGAAAGUCUACACGUGAACGUGGAUUUGGAUGAGAACAACAGCGCUGACGAUGGACAGAUGGCAGAGCAGCCAGAUAACGACAAUACCCCCUAUCAAGAUGAAGAACCAGUAAACCUGGUCAUCGCAGCGCAGCAGGACGAACAGCCAGAGGAGUUGGUGGAUGACAAUAAUGAAGAAGGGGUCUUGGUCAUCGAUGAGGAGCACCAGCAGGAAGAUAGAGCUGACGAGGAGCCUGAGUCGGUCGUGCAGAAUUCCCACUCUCCUGUAUACAACGAAGACACAGACUCUCCCGAGGAUGAGGAGCCUGACUCCAACAGAGAUGCUGCAACAGACGAUCCCAUCGAUUUGAACAGAACAACCCAUCUCAACCGGCUGCAGAGGGACACCGAUCUACAAAACCGCGUCCAGUUGGACACGGAAAUGGCCGUAAGUUUCGGGGAUUUUCAAAUCCUACGUCUCAUUGGUGAAGGAGCACACGGCAAGGUAUUUUUGGUACGAAAGCGAAACGGUUUAGAUGUGGGGCAAGUGUAUGCCAUGAAGGUUAUCUCCAAGAUGAUACCCCUCCGCGACUGGAAGUCAGCGGAGCGUAUUAAAAUUGAGCGUGUUAUCCUAGAAGCUAUACAGGAAGUACCCUUUAUGGUGAAUCUUCACUAUGCCUUUCAGUCGGAACAUCAUCUCUUUCUGGUCACGGACUUUAUCCAAGGUGGUGAGCUGUACCGGCGCCUUCAGUUAGAGGGACCCCUGCCGGAGGCGGCAGUGCGCCUCUAUGUGGCCGAAUUGGUUUUGGCUUUGGAGGCUUUGCACCAGGCAAACAUUGUCUAUCGUGACCUCAAACUGGAGAAUAUUCUGAUCGACAGCGAGGGUCACAUUGUGGUGGCCGACUUUGGUCUAGCCACUGUUUUGAUUGCCGAAAAAUUGAACCGGACGAAAAGUUUCUGCGGCACGCUGUCGUACAUGGCACCGGAGGUGAUAGUAAUUGGCCCCGAUGGCUACGACACGAGAGUUGAUUGGUGGUCAUUGGGUGUGUUUACCUUGGAGCUGCUCACCAGUAUCAAUCCGUUUGCUUUGCUAAGCCGGGAAGAAAUAAGCCAAAGGAUUUUUCAUGGUAAUAUCGAGCUUCCCUUGCAUCUCAGCGAAGGGGCAAGAGACUUUAUAAGGAGGCUAAUGGAAACGGAUAUAAAUAGGCGUAUGGGUGCCGAGGAGAUUCGGGCACAUGAAUUUCUCCAGGGCAUCGAUUGGUCGAUGCUACCACAAAAGCAACACAAUAUGCCCUUUCGUCCAACCCUCGAGGGCAUCGAGGAUGUGAGUCACUUUGAUACCAAUUUUACCUCCAAGCCAAUAGAGUUGCCCCUGUGCGAGGUGGCUCUGCCCAGUGACCUUUGCAUGUACAAUGGAUUUGACUAUAUAUCUCCUCGCCUUCUGGAAUGGAGACGUGAUCACGACGAGGAAGAUGUAGAGUUUCGCAAUCCAGAGGCAGAUAUCAUACCCACACUUCCGGAUGAUACCGUAUUGGGCCGCCGGCUGUUGAACGGUGCCAGUGCUUGCGGCACCUGUUUCCUCAUGGAUGACAACAUCCUGGUCAAGAUCAUACACUUGUCCAAAUUCCAUGUCUCUGAGGUGGAUGCCUUGAUGACAUUUUCGCACGAGAAUAUUGUCCAUUAUUAUGGGACUUAUCGGAACAGCUGCGAGAUCUGGAUCAUGAUGGAGUACCUAAGAGGCAGGGAUCUAUUCCAUGCUAUCUCGAGUGGCCAGCUGAAUGAGGAACUUAGCCGCCUGCUCUUCCGGCAGAUGGUCAGUGCUGUCCAGCACCUGCAUAUGCAUCACUUUAUACACGGUGAUCUCAAGCCGGAGAAUAUAGUGUUUGCCAACGAGACGGAUAUGACUAUUAAGCUGGUGGACUUUGGCCUGGCCCGUUAUAGCAGAGAUUUCCGGCAAUGGGAAGACUAUCCACGCUAUACCCCGCUAUAUGCCCCGCCAGAGCUAAUAACGCCCCAUAACAACCGCCGUGUGGCCUAUACCCCAGCAGUGGACAUCUAUGGGCUGGGUGUUACGCUUUACUGUAUGAUUGUGGGAUCUGGUCCGUAUCAUUAUGAUUUGGAGGUAGAGCACAUUUCGCAGGCAGAAGAGCAGCUCCUGAAUCGCAUACAGCAGGAGCCGUUUGAUCAGGAGGCCGAGGGUUGGCUAAAUGCUAGCCAGGCCUUACGGGAUCUGGUGAGCUGGUGUCUGGAGAAGGACCCAGCAGCACGGCCCUCGCUGGUGGAGAUACUCAACAGUGAGUGGCUGAGAGAGGAGACGGAGGAAGAUGCUGGACCAGUUGAAGUUCAGGAACAAGUUGAAGACCAAGUCCAGGACCAUGAAGAAGAUGUCCAAGAAGAAGAAGAUGUCGAAGAAGAAGAUUCCCAAGAAGAAGAAGAUGCCCAAGAAGAAGAGGAUGUCGAAGAAGAGGAUGACGAAGAAGAAGAUGCCCUCGAAGAAGAAACUGUCGAAGAAGAAGAUUCCGAAGAAGAAGAUGUCGAAGAAAUCGAAGACUAA